AUGGUAGGACUUGAAGAACAAUCAUCAAAUUCACAAUUAGUACCUAAAUAUUUACCAUUAAUUUUACAAAUAU